GCUAUUACAAACUUUUGAUAAAGUAUUAGAAUGUGGAAUAGUGGAAUACAGAAUCACCAGACCAAAACAAACAACUUUAUGCUAUUCCCAGAUUGUAAAUCUUCUCAUUUCUUGCUACAUAGUACAAACAAACGAUACAACGUUGUAUCGUCUUUUUCCCUGUAAGAAAAAUGGGAGCAAAACUAUCAAGCCUUUGCCUUACAGGGUCAGACUCAGAUCCACCAAAGAGAAACCAAAUCAAUCAGAGUUUAGAUGGAUUUCCCUCUUCUUCUUCUUCUUCUUCUUCUUCUUCUUCUUCUUCUUCUUCCUCUGCUCCCACUCAUGAAUCCGACCCUUUACCCAUGCCCGAUCUUCCCACAGAACUCAUCAUUGAAAUCCUUUUAAGAGUUAAGACUACCAGCUAAGUCCUUGGGUAGAUGUAAAUGUGUUUCUAAACCAUGGCUUUCUCUCAUCUCAAGCUCAACAUUCAUCAAAAACCAUCUCGCAAUUACAUCUGGAAGUGAUGAUUAUGAACAGCAUUUUCUCAUCUUCUCCGCACCCAUCUCAGCCGGCGGCAACCAAUACUGGAUGCAUUCUGUAAAUUCCAUACUCGAAGAGACGGCUUCCCCUGAAACCGCCAUCGCCACCGCCAACAUUGGACUUGGAUUAUCCAAUGAAGCACGGUAAGUUAUCUUGGGCUGUAGGUUCUUGCAAUGGGCUAGUAUGCGUGAAGAUUGGAGGUUGGGAGGAUGAUCACGAUGGCGAAUUGUUUCUGUGCAAUCCUUGUACUAAAAAAGUUAAUAAAUUGCCUGAAACGGGUAUGAAACAGAAUUACACAUGGAGGAACUUCGGAUUCGGUUAUGAUGCUGUGAAUGACGAUUAUAAAGUAGUCGGGUUAUGUCGGUUCCGUGUUUGGUCUACUUUUUAUGGAUGACACUGAGAUAAAAUUGUUGAAUCAUGCCUAUAAAAUCAUUGUGUACAGUCUCAAGACUAAUUCUUGGCGCUUGAUGAAGGAUUUCAAUAUCGGGGCUCCAAAGAUUAUGGAGUUCGAAUGUCUCCAUUAUGCCGGCGGAAAGGUCUAUUGGUCACUGUUCGAUGAAGGUGAUAGCUGGAAGAGUGGUGAUAGUUGGAAGAUUGGCUGCUUCGAUUCGGAGAACGAAACGUACGAAAUCAUGGAUCGGCCUAACUGCAAGGAGACCAGCUAUUAUUGGUUUGGAGAGAUUGGAGGUUGGCUUUCCCUGAUUUGUGAUUAUGAAACUUAUUUGGUGGAUGUUUGGGUGAUGAAAGAGUAUUCCUGGAUCAAAGUUGGUUCUAUUGAUAAUGAUUUUGGUGUACCUUUUGAUUCUUCUUGUUAUUGCACUCAGUCAGUUGGUUUGGCGCGGAAUUGUGAAAUAUUGUGCGUUUUACGUUCAGUCUUGUUCCUUUACAAUCCACAACUAAUACACUUCGUAGGUAUUCACAGAUGGGUCGUAUUGUAGAUAUGUUUAUGUAUGUUGAGACCUUAGUUUCGGUCUAAUCCUCAGGAAUCAUGAACAGAAUAUACAGAUAAAUGUAAGCGUAUAGAGCAAUAUUUUAUCUGUUUCUUCUGAUAUUUCCGUUAAUGAUUGAAUUUUACUCAACUUAGAGCCUCCAACUCUAAGUAAAGGACCUUUUUCCCAUAAAAGACACAUUUUGAUUGAUUAAGUGAAGAAACUCAUGAUGUAAAUUUCAAAUUCAUAUGAGCUUUUUUUUUAUUGAUAAUGCAUUGCUUUCCUUUGUCAUUUCUAGAGUUCUCAAGUUUAUGUGGUUAAAAGAGUUCUUUUGAAUGUAUGUAAAUGGGGGAAUACAGCAAAAAUGUUUUUCCUUUUAAUUUUUUUUUAAUAAAUUGCUUUGUUAAAGAUUUACUAUUGUUCCGUUACAAAAUUAAAGUAUUUCUUACGAAUACUGAAUAUUUGUGGUUUAUCUUUUAGUACAAUUUGAAUUAAAAAUGAAAUCCAAACUGAACAAUAGUUUUUUGAGACGGAGGGAAUAAUUCGAAACUCGUACAGUUAGUCAAAUCUAAUUUUGAGGCUCUAGCCAAAGUAUGAUAAGGA